AUGGCAGCGGCCCACGGAGAUCACAGUUUCGACCUAAAUGACGCCGCAGACGACGGCAUGUCGUAUGCUGAGCGCCAUAUGCACACAGAGCAUCAUAUCGAUAACUUUGACCUCCCCGCCUUUUUCACCCUGCACGAUCUGAAUCUCGACGGGAUGUGGGACGUACCUGAAAUAGAAGCCGUUUAUGGGGUGCACCAUCAUUCCGUCAAGGAGGCAGUAGGAGGACAGCAGGAGCUGGUGGAUGGGCGUGCGGCGACUAUUGUGGCUCAGGUACUGGCGAAGCUGGACAAGGAUGGGGAUGGAAGAAUCAGUAUGGCUGAGUUUGAGGCGGGAGGUAAAGAUGGUCUACCAUCGUUCGUGGGGUACAAGAACUUGGGUCAUCACUAUGAUGAGGAGUCCGAAUAUUUCUUGCACCACGAGGAGCUGUAUCACUCGACACCCGAGACUCAGACUGAUGAGGCAUACAGCCACCCAGAAGAUAUCGCCCAUUUCAAACACCACGCCCACAUAGAAGCCGAAGAAGACGCCAGAGAGCGGGCUUUCCAAGGCCUUGACCCCAAAGCCGACCUGACCAAAGAUCACAUCGCGGUUGAUCCGCUCGCGGAGCACGCCCACGCCCCAGGGGAAGGACCGGACGAUAGUGCUUCUCAGCAACCUGGUACGACGCCUCAAGCGGGCGAAGAGGCCGCAGAGAACCAGACGCCACCGCCCAGGCAGAGGGUCAUGGCGGGAGCGCAACCGAAUCGGAUCAGAGAUGCGGACGUACGGUCGGAAUUGGACGAGGCGAAGCGGUCGGGAGGGGCCGAGGGGCGGUACGAUGGGCACAAGCCGCGCUCGCCGGAGGAGAGAUUGAGGGCUGGGGUGCCGUAUAAAUACAAGAUGCGCAAAGGCUUCAGAGCGGACGAGUUCUAG